CUACUUGUGUUUUCCAAACGUGGAGAGAGAGAGAACUAUGGAGAGAUUAGGGAGAACUGAAGAUUUUGGAGAGAGGGAAAAUGAGUAGCAACAUAAGUUGCAUGGUCUGCAGAUAAAAAAUUCAGAGACAGAGAGGGAAGGGGGAGUAUUAGAAAGAAAAAGGGGGAAGAAAGGGCAGAGAAAAAGUGGUGGGUUUGUGUGGUGUGGGAUUAAUCGGAUCUUGUGUCUGGGAUUUAAUUUUGAAAUGAUGGUUUCGUUGGGUUCGCCUCAAAUGUUAGAGUUUUUCAAGGAUGCAGCUGGAGUCGCAGGAAAUAUAUUCGCUUUCGGGCUCUUUGUGUCACCUAUACCAACAUUUAGGAGAAUUAUCAGGAACCAGGCAACAGAACAGUUCUCAGGAUUGCCAUAUAUAUAUGCCCUCUUAAACUGUUUGAUCUGUGCCUGGUAUGGCACACCUCUUGUAUCUACUGCAAACUUACUGGUUACCACAGUGAAUUCAAUGGGUGCAAUUUUCCAGUUAACCUACUUAAUACUGUUCAUAACAUAUGCUGAGAAAGGACAAAAGCUAAAAAUGUUAGGAUUGCUGCUGGCGGUUUUUGGCCUAUUUGCAAUUGUUGUAGUUUGGAGUUUGCUUGUAACUGACAGUGCUAUACGACAUGGCACCAUUGGGUUUUUGAGCUGUGCUUCUCUCAUAUCCAUGUUUGCUUCUCCAUUGUUUAUAAUUAAAUUGGUUAUCCAAACGAGAAGUGUUGAAUUCAUGCCAUUCUACCUCUCCCUUUCCACGUUCUUGAUGAGCACCUCAUUUUUGUUGUAUGGAAUCUUCAAUUUUGAUCCUUUCAUCUAUGUCCCAAAUGGCAUAGGAACCAUUCUUGGAGUUGUACAAUUGGUAUUGUUCUCUUAUUACAGCAAUAACUCUAGAGAAGACUCCAGAGAAGCGUUGAUAGAGUCGUAUUCUUAGGGGGUGGCUUGGCUAGGACUAAUAUUCCAUCAGAGUGCUGAAUAUUUGUUCUUCAAAUGCUUGGCUUCUCUAAGGCUGAUUGGUUCUGUCUGAAGCAUGCUGUCGGUAUGAAGUGAUUCUAACUUGCUCUUUUUGUCGUUGCUUGCCAGAACUGUAUUGUUUGUUGUUCCAUUUGUUAGGUAAGUCUGCAAGAAUCGAUGCUCUGUUUGAUUACAUGAACUGAGCAGGCAAAAUGCAUGAAGCAACGAAUGGAAAAUAUUGCUCCCCAGUCAUUCAGCGUCUGUGUGUGGAAAAUGCUUUUCCUAUGCAGUGUUGUAUUUAUAAGCACAUUGCUACCAGUCAGUUGUUAAAUUAACGAUCAUCUCUCAUAUUUUUCAGAUUCUGUUUUUUGGAUCAUCAGAACUCCCCCCCCCCCCCUC